AUGGCAGCUAAUCCUCCCUCCUCGCCACAUCGUCCAAAUUCAUCAAAUCAAUCACUUGCACCAAGACGACGAGAAAACAACACUCAAAUGCCAUCCACCGCUCCCGCUUCCUCGAGUAAUAUUGCUACUAUAUUCAACUACAAGCAAUGGGGCAGACGAUCUAGGAGAAUACCUCGUCUCAAUGAAUCGCACCCACUAAGCCUAUUCAUACACUCAGAUGAGCAGUUGACCAAAGCAAUCAAAUCACUGCACAAGGUUCGAGAUCCGGCUUCCCUCAAAUUCAGGCACAAAUGUGAAUCAGUCCACCGCACCCAAAGACUCUUACUCGAAUCCAUACAUCUCGUAUACUCGGAAUGCGACAUCUCAAUCAGAGCCGACAAGACAUAUCGAUCUCGUCUUCCUCCAGAAGACCAACGAGAACUCGAAGGCGGCUUCUCUGAAAACAUCCUAUUCGCUGCUCAAGCUCUAGCUCGUGGAUUCCGUAUCCGUGGUAUAGAAUCCUUUACAAACGAAUUGGUCGAACCUGCCAGGAAUCUAUGUGCUGCUAUGGAAGCACUACGAUUCGUGUUUAGGAUGCGGCGUGUGGGCAAAGAUAAUACGGAAUUGCCUUACAGUGAUUUGGAAGCUGUUUUGAAGGAUUUUGAUCAAGCUUGGGCUGUAUUUGAACAGCAUAUCUGCUUUUGCUACUUUACUGUCACGUAUACUGGACGUCCUGGUCGUACGGAUGAGACGGACAUGUUUCAGGUGCUCAUGUCAGAAACAAUCAUGCGAGCAAUCUCAGAAGGCCUAAUCACACGCUCCCAACUCGCUGAAUUCGACCCAUCAGUCAUAAUCGGUGUCCCAAGAUUAACUAUAAUAUGUGGCCUCAUCCAUAUGCCCGAUUGUGUCAGCAUGACCGAUGCAGAAUCUGGCUUUCGAUGGUUUAGAACAAAGGCAACCAUACUCAAAAAAGUACAAUCUGAAUUACGACGUAUGGGGCCUGUCGCUGUACGUCAGUUAGAGCGUAUGCUUGUGGCUGGAUCUGAUCAAGUUCCCGAUGAGCCAUCUGCUAUUGUGAAUGUUGGAGUGCCAGAUUGUGGUGUUGAUGAUGCUGCUACUGUUGUUGGUGAUGAUACGACCUUCUUGGCUACCAUAGAAGAAGAAGCAUGUGAAACUACGCAGUUGCGACCACCACCGUAUAAUAAUAUAGUACCGAAUGGUGAUGACGCCACCACAAUGACAACAACAACACCAACACUCAAACGCAAAUCACCAGGUCGAAUCAUAACAAGACCCGAUAGCACGAAAUUCGAUACACACAAUAAUAAACCAGAGCAAACUGGAGCGUCUAUCGCUCCCGCUGCUGAACCAAACAGUCCAAGACCACCCAUCACAUCACCAUCCACAAAACAAGACGACGACAGCACUAAAACCACUGAUAGCGGUGUUGCCCUGGAAACCGAGGAACGAGACCUCCCACCAAUCCCCAUAGAACCAAGAUCAUCAAGUCUCCGCAUCUCGAAAGAAGCACUGCAAAAGCUUUUUACGGCUGUCUGUAGUGUCGCUGAUGAUUUGCAGUCGGGUACAAAGGCUAAAGAGUGUACGGAUUUGUUGCAGAGGGUGUUUGUUAUGCAUGCUGAUGAGGAGGGUGAUAAGUGA